ACUGGAAUGGACGAGCCGUCAUUGUAUCACCUUUAAUGUCAUUACAGUCAUUACCCCACCUUGAUCCAAAUUAUGUUGAAAAUUAUUUAAACGAAGAAGGUGGUAAAGCAUUGGAUGUGUGUCAGAUCAAGGAGUUUUCCCAAGCCAUUGAUGCUUAUUUUGCUUCAACCCAUGAUACAGAUGUAACUGGUCCACUGUCAAUCGAAGCUUCACCUUCAACCUCUCAAAGUUCACCUAGUAGUUUUUGUUUUAACAAAUGUUUUAAUUCAUACUGUAAAUCACCUUGCAUCAAUGCACGUUUCCACUUGUCGCCCAACUCAUCACCUUCAUCAUCAGCACAACUGAAACAUUUGUCAAAUAUUAAUCCAGACUAUCGUCAUGUAAGAAUAGCUUGUCCCAAAUUCAAGAGUAAACUCACACUGGCUGAUGACAUUUCAAAAGUGAAAGAACCAUGGAUAUCUCAUGUUGCUAAGCAAAUUUUAUCUGUAUAUUAUUCACCAUUGAGUUUAAAAUCAGAAUUCAUCUCAAACCAGACAAUGUUGGAUGCAUUUGAGUCUGUAGCAGUUCAAGAAGUAGCUCAAGCUUUCAAGACAACAGCCUUCGUCAAUCCUCAUAAUGAUAUUGGUUUCAUAGAAAGUCAUUUUUUCUCUGACCCAACUCCGCCUGAGCUUGUUUCUACUUGUGAAAAGAUACGCGCUUUUAGGAAACUACCCACUGAUGACAAAGUGACACUUCUUAAAAGUGCGUUUCUUGACUUCAAUGCAUUAAAAGCAAUAAUUGUCUAUGAUCCAGAAGUCGAUGGUUGGGUUUAUGGAGGGAAAGUUUGGUCAAGAAAAUACUUUUACGAAAUAAAUUCAGCGGUUAUCAGAAAAAUGGAUCAUAUCAUUGAAACCUUUCCUAAUUUGCUUCGAAGUGAUCUCAACGCUGUCGCUUUACUUUAUACAAUUGUCCUUUUCAAUCCUGAUUUGGUUAAAUUAAAGUUUCGAAACACAGUAAGGCGAGAGCGAUACACUUACAUUUAUCUGCUUAAACGGUAUCUGACCGCUUACUUUGGUUCCGACUGUGAAGCGUCAGACAAUCUUUAUCAUUUAAUGGUUAAAAUUGAUGAAAUCGUAGAGCUUAGAAGAGGAACUGUGAUAAAUUUCGAUCACUAUCAACCUGGUUGUUCAACAAUAAUGACAAAUCAUGUGGCUCACUUAGUUCAAUUCAAAGAUUAAGGUACAAGAUACUGAAUUUAUUGAGAUGCAAAGUUUAGUACAAGCUCAUCCCAACUGCAUGACUCUGAUCGGAGUAUUUUACAUUGAAAAACAUUAAUCUCAACUUUUUCUUUCAUUUUUUAAUUUUUUGUGCUGCAAGUAUUAAUUUUACUGAUUGUCACCCUCCAGUGGUGAUUUGCCUUUACUAAAUCUUGCCUUUCAAUGAAUACAGUAUCUUAUACCUCAAUCUUUGAUUCAAUGUAUGGAAAUCAAGAGCUCAUCUUCCAAAUCAAAUACUCGAACCAAAUUUUGAAUAAACGAUACUCGAUUCAAUUUGAAAAUGCAACUUAAAUUGAGUUACCGGUUGAAACAUUGUAAUUUGAUGCUGUUGCUGAUGGUGAUAACGGUUAAAUUUCAAAAGAAACAACUUAAUAGUAACAGUAAUUGCAAUAGUAACUGUGUCUCAAUCGAAUCAAAUAAUCAUUUUUUAAACGUUUUUUGACUCCAAUUACCGGUAUAUCCAUCAAAGAAUUAAAAUGUAAUCCAUUUUGUUUUCUGUUGUUACUUUCAAUGUUCAUCCUCACAUGUUUAACAACAUGCUUAAUAGAUUAAGAUGCUAGACUGAAUGAUUCAAAAAAGGUAAAUUAACUUAUGUUAUUUGCACAAUUGGGGUAAAACAAUGAAAGUUUUGGAUUUCAAUGGCAUAAUUUGAAUGGACAACCUGAUUAGCAUAAGAAUUGGCCAAAAAUGAAAGGAAAUCAAACCUUUCGAUUCACUCGCUAUAUUUCUUGA